AUUUUGAGAAAUGAAGAGAUUGGUGUUCAAGCAUUUCUGGGAUACACAAAUGGGGUCCUUGUAUGACCAAUUUCUUUGAGUAAAACAAGAAGGAAACAUGGGUGAUUACAAGAAUGAUUUCAUUAGACUUUUGGUUCCAUUGAAUAGCAUACCACCAGAACAGUUGAGCACUUUCUUGAAUGACUUAGUACCAACAAUCAGAGAGCUGAAGUAAGGGUACAACAUGUUAGGCCUUAGGGUAAUUAAUAAAGAGGGUAAUUAGGUAAUUGUAAUUGGAGUGUUGAGAUUGUAUAAAUAGGAGAGUAAUAGAAGGGUUUGUGGGGGGAAUGAUUUAGUUAAGUGAGCUUAUAGCUCUUGGGAGAGAGCUGGGUCACCGACAUUGAAGAGUAUUUCCGACAUCAUCGAAUUCGUGAGAGCAUGAAGGUCUCUGUUGCCACAACUUGUCUCAGAGGAGUUGCUUGGCGAUGGUUUCAAGCUGUAGAAGAACAAGAUCCAAUCAGAAACUGGUUGGAGUUUCGUAUAGCCAUGUUCAAUUGUUGCAGUCGAAUCAAAGAUGAUCCAUACGAUAAGUUGAUGGCGCUACGGUAUGACGGUUCUGUGACAGAGUUUCGUGAUCGAUUUGAGACAACAGCAAACCAGCUCCCUGAUAUUCCGGUAACUUUUCUUCGGGAUAUAUUCUUUGGUAAACUGCCUGCUGAGAUUGCAAUAGGGGUGCACGAAUAUAGGCCUAAAACACUGGCGGAGGUCAUUGCUAAAGCGCUCAUGGUGGAAGAACAAAUGAAGAUGGCAAGAAAUUUCAGCAAUGGUGGAGUCAACCCAUUCGGAUUUUCGGCUGAGGUUGUGAAGACAGUAGACGAAUCAACUACGCCCUUCAAGUCAGAAGGAGAUGUCCCUUCGGACGUCACCGACGAUGAAAAGGACAUAAGGUCAGAGAAGAAAACGCAGCGGGGAACGGCACCGAGGAAGGAAGAGAUGGAGACGACACCGGUGCUGGAGAUGAUGCCGGAGUGCUGGAGACGACACUGGUUGUGCUCUUGGGAGAUGAUACCGGUGUUGUACCAGGAGAAGCCGAGCCAGAAUAUUCCUCCAAAAAUUCGUCAAGCUUGGCAAGGGAAGGCGACGCGGCUUGAACGUCAUCUUUUGCCUAUGGCAAUGGAGGCUCACAAGCUCUUUGAUCGUGGAAAAAACGACCAGCUAGUCAUCGACGCCGUUAAAAAUGAAGUGAUGACGGUUUCAAAUCUGAGAAGCGCCUUGCGAAUGCUUCUAGCUAAACACCACGAGAUGGCUCUUCGAGAUACGCCGUCGAAGACGAACCGCAGCUCUUCGGAGCUAAAGGAGAUGAUAGGCGCUCAACUAAAGGAUCCUAACAUCGGUAUCUUCUUUUCCUUACUCGGUUUAUGUUGGUCGGAGAUUCUUAGUUGGAGGGGUGAGACACGUCGCGGCUUAAAGGUGGAGCCGCCAGUGAAGAAGGGCAAUCGGAGAGGCCUAAUCCCAUCAGAUCUGGUUUUCUUGGUGGAGUCGCCUGAGAAGAUGAAGAGCGGGGUAAGUUUCCUUUCACGUGUUAUGGAAAAAGGCUCUUUUGUUAGAAUGUUUACUUUUGACCCAACCCAAAUAAUGGCCCAAUCAAAUACAAACAUGGGCCCACUUAUCAUUGGAGGUCAUGAGCCCAAGUUAUUGGAUCCACAGUUAAGGAUGGGUUUAAUAAUUUUAGUUCAUGGGCUGAUUUCUUGGAAUCUUGAUAGUGAGGCCUACUUUCCUAAAUUUUCUAUCCCAAUAGGGCCUGGACCUUUCACCAAAGGGCAUGUUCAAUUUAAACAAAACCCAUUUUUUCCAAAGCCUACGAGAAUAUCAGAUUAUACAUAUAGGGACACUAUGAAAAUAUUUUUUCCUUAUGUAUACUUUGUCUAUUGGCGGUCAACUUUUCAAUUGCUAAGGCAAAGUGUUGCCAAUUACCAUGCCAUGGACGGUAGGGAAUCACUCUACUUCAUGUUGGAGAGGGUGUUUUCAUUGAUGCUAUUGGAAAAGCUCUCUUCUGUCAUAUUAAAUGAGGGAUGGGAGCGAAAACACCAACUAGAUGAAUUAUCCAUUGAAGUUGCCUUAUGGAAGUACAACUAUCAAUUUUUGGUGUGUAAUGUUUCUCUUUCAUUCUUGGGGCCUCAUUGUUGCUGGGUUUUUGACCGGGGCAAGAAAAUGAAUCCUGAACAUAAUCAGAUUUUGGCAAACUCAGUUUUUGGUCCUUCUCUUCUCGACCGGCUUUCAGGAGCACCCUUUGCAGCCACAACAGCGACUGUCCUACCAUUUUUUCUGCACGCGAAGGGCGACACUAUCAAUUUACUCAGCUGGUUUUUCGAUCGAGGUCGACUCACUAAGGAGAGAUGUCUCUCCCCUAGCUUGAACACCAUACAUUUGCUGGCUUGGUUCUUCGACAGAGGACGAGCCAAAAAUUGUUGUGGAGGCUUGUGUUCUUCACCUUGAGGACAAGGUGAAUUUCGGGCGGCCGGUAUUGUUAGGCCUUAGGGUAAUUAAUAAAGAGGGUAAUUAGGUAAUUGUAAUUGGAGUGUUGAGAUUGUAUAAAUAGGAGAGUAAUAGAAGGGUUUGUGGGGGGAAUGAUUUAGUUAAGUGAGCUUAUAGCUCUUGGGAGAGAGCUGGGUCUCUCGAAUACCCAGUAAACUUGUUCUCUUUGUCACUCUAAUAUCAAUAUACUAGCUAUUUCCUAUUGU